ACGUCGCUAGCGGAAACAGCUGGGAGCAUGUGUGUCUCACGCCUUCAAGUAACGUUGUGCAUGAAAAACAAGGAUGUCCUGCUCUGCUCUCGGUCGACGGCUGGUUGCUUGUCUCCUGAACAUCUCGGAAGCUCGGAGAAGAGACCUGGUGGAGACAGUGGCAAGAUCAGCCAUCACUGACACACAUGGAAAAAAGCGUGAAGGCAUCACGGUGCUGAACAUCUUCAAUGAUGUUGACUACAAUCGCUCUGUCAUCACUAUUGUUGCAAGCAUUGACCUGAUAAGGGAGGCUGUAUUGUCGGCUUGUGAGCGUGCAUGUUCUCUGAUUGACAUGAAUGCCCAUGAGGGCACCCACCCAUGCAUGGGUGCAGUGGAUCUGGUGCCUAUCUAUCCGCUGGGGGAGGAGGUAGGCCUUGAGGAUUGUGGAAAAGAGGCCCAGGCAUUAGCAACAGCUCUGACAGAACGAGUGGCAGGUACCAGUGCUUUUUUGUUUGGCUGGGCAGAUUCUCCUCAGCGUCGAGGUCUGGCUCAAAGGAGGAAGGAGAUUGGCUGGUUCAAAAAGGUCAAAGAUAUGUCAAGCAUCCAGCCAGAUGUGGGUACACAGCCCACAAGGAGAUACGGCAUUACAGGUGUUGGCGCCAGCCCCUAUGUCAUGAACUGUAACGUGACCAUCGAUACCCAGGAUCUGGCCCUGGGCCGGAUUGUUGCUUUAGCAGUCCGUGAAUCCAGUCCUGGUGGUAUCCCUGGAGUUCAGGUCAUGGCUCUGCCACAUGAAGGUGCUGUGGAGAUCGCUUGCAAUGUGGAGAGUGUUCAAGGUGGUCCUCCAUCAUCUUUAUCUUAUGGUGAGGAGCAAUGGCCAAGCUUUGCCAUCGGAGGGAAAAACUUCUGCCAUGCUCCAGCCUCGCUAAUCACAGCACAAGUAGCAGAGGUGGCUAAACACAAUGGAGUGGCCAUCAAGGGUACGGCCCUGGUGGGCUUUACCCCACGUGAGUGCCGGAGACUGGCAGAGGGAGCUCUCUCAAAUGGCAUUGGAGAGUUCUGGAAAGAGCUGCAUCGUGUACACAUGUGAACAAGCCAACAACUUUCAACACUGUGCUGAAUAGCAAACUAAUCAAUUGUUAAUUAUAGGGAAUUUGUUGAGCCACCAACAAUAGUUAAUCAGCCCUUAUUAUUAUUAUUAUUUUGUGCUUAAAGUGGUAGUUCACCCAAAAAUGAACAUUCUGUCAUCAUUCACUCGUGUCAUUCUAAACCUAACAGUAUUCAUUUGGUUACAGUGUGAUUUCAGUCAAAGUCUGCUAAGGUGUAUUUAAAAGUAACAAAUCAUGUAAAAUUAAACAAUUUAUCAAACUAUGUUAAUUAUGUUUUUAUAAAUGUUACAUGGGUAAUAUUCAAUUAUGAUUGCAGUAUAUAUUUUUGUUGCUUUUGGAGCAGUUCUGUGUAAAAGAUAAUUUCAUGAUUAUAAAGGUUUUAAUGACGUAA